UCCAACAUGACGAGAAGAGACAAACCUCCUCCGCCUUCAAGCUCCCGAAAGCGCAGCGAAAGAAGAGCUGGUAGAAGAAGACAUGUUGCUGCUGGUGGCGCUGACAGCUCUGAACAACUGCUUCGGCCAUCGGCACCGAAGACAAUUUACAGUUACUUAGAAGGGUUGUACGAGAGAAGAGGAUCUGACCGAGAGGAGGCACUCGCUUCAAUAAUUGGGGUGUUAAAUAGCAGAUUAGAGCAUGACUUUCUAGAAAAGAAUUUCGCAAGUUUUCUAUACAGGGGCUUGAAUUCCUUCAAAAAGGGUUCCUCCAAGGAGAAGCAGCUAUCACUUCAUCUCGUAGGGUUGCUUGCCAUGAUCAUUGGGCAUGAGGAUAAAGUGUCUGAAGUGUACAGGGAGUUGCUUCCUGUUCUUUCUAAAGCUCCGAAAUCUGGAACCACGGCAGUGAAGGUAUUAGAUUGUUUGGGCAUUGUGGCUUUUUUUGGUGCAACCAACUCAGAGGAUAUUCAAAAUGCAAUGCAAAUUAUAUGGAAGUUCAUUCAUGCUGAUCAAUCUGAUGCAAAUGAAGAAAAGCAUUCGGCGGCGGUCCUAGUUGCUGCAAUCAAUGCUUGGUUGUUUCUACUUACGAGCGUGGAAGGAUGGAGACUCAGACACAACAACUGGAAUGGAGCCAUUGAUUACUUCUCAACCCUGUUGUUAAAGCAUGAUGAUAAAUCAGUCCGUGUGGCUGCUAGUGAAGCACUAGCUUUGAUUUUCGAAACCGGUAGUUUGGAAAAGUUCUGGGGAGAAGGAAAGGAACGUAGCUAUUCUCAUAUGCAACAAUUAGUGAGGGAGAGUAUCGUUGCAAACGACGUCCGCCAAGUUGUGAAAUAUUUUGAGAAUUUUCAAUGCCCGGGAACAUCAUUAACAGUCAAUGGAAAAGAUCUAAAGCUAUCAUCAUGGUAUCAGAAGAUCCAGUUACAGUUUUUGAAGGGUUUUUUAGCUGAAGGGUUCGAACUACAAGUGAAGGAAAAUGAAAAAUUACAGAAUCUGUUCGAGUUCAAUCCACAUCGAAUUAUACAUUCGGGUCGAGAAUUGUAUGCGUCCACCACUGAUAAAAUCAGUGUCUCUUUCUUUUUACCUGAAGAAAGAGACCCUGAAAAAUUAACAAAGGAAGAUCGAAAGAAACAAAAGAUUUGGAGAAACUCUGUUCUAAAGAAGGCACAGACCUUAAACACAUCUUAUUUUCAAUUUUUUUUAUAG